GCGAUCAGAUCUGUUUGUCUUUCGAAGCGUUCUCCCGUGCGCUAAGAUGGGCUAUAGGUGUGAGAUAUUUGUGGAUCCUAUUCCAGAUAGUCUGCUUUGUGAUUUAUGUAGUAAUGUAUAUAGAUGUCCCGUUAUAACCUCCUGUGAUCAUGUAUAUUGCGAGGAGUGUCUGAGAUCGUGGCUGACGAACAAAGUUCACUGUCCUAAAGGGUGUAGAGAAAUCACGUUCGAACAGAAUGUAACACAUUUACUACCUUUACAGAUAUUGGUCGGCCAGUUAAAUACUCGUUGUGUGAAUUACGCCGAAGGUUGUGACAUUGUGACGCAGUUGUCCGACAUGUUGGCUCAUCUUGAGGUUUGUGAUUACGCAAAGAAAGACGCCAAGAUUAUAGAACGCGCAAUAUACACAAAUGAACAAGCAUCGACCAUUGGGUCAUUAAAUCAGGUAUUCGUGUGUGCUAAAGGUUGCGGUUUGCCUCUACUAUUUCACGAUGCGAGCGAACAUGAUUGUGUAAAGUCUCUACAAGCCCAAGUACAAUCUUUACAAGCAAAACUCUCGCGCUCCGAACACGAACGUGAAAAAGUGUCUGCGCGUUUAGUAAAACGCGAAGAAUCAAUGCAGGAACGAUUUACGCAAUUGGAACAGGAUUUGAGAUUGUACCAAGAGCAAACGUUGAAUUAUGAAUUAAAAACAAGAGAUCAAAAUUCCCAGAUAAACUAUUUAAAGAGACAGUUGGAUAGUCGCGAAGCAGACAAGACAGCAGAUGAAACGGAGAUGAAAGUUGUUCUUGAACGCGCUGGUGGUAUCCUGGGUUUGAAUAUUCGUGGUGGAACUGAGGAGCACGACACACAUCGGGGAAUUUACGUAUCCAAAAUAGUCGAAAACAGCCCUGCAUCUGAAAAACUUCAACUCUAUGACAGAAUUUUAAAAAUUAAUGAAAUCGACUUGUCGAACGCAUCCCACGAGGAAGCCGUGCGAGCUUUUAAAAACGCUGGUGAGAAAUUAGAGAUUACAGUUCAACGAUUUAACAACUCUAAACCCGGCGUUAUGUUUUCUACUGGUUAUGUUUCCGUUGGUGUUCAAACAGAGGAACUGAAAACAAGGUUUUCAUGUUGUUACUGUCGUAGCAAUGUUUCGUCCCUUGAAUCCUCGCCACAAGCUACAAUAAGUAGAAUACAUCAGAAAGAAGACUCUGGUGUUGACGAGAACGGUGAACAUCAGUCGGAUCUUGAUCCCAGCGAACUUCGCAUGAAUACAGGAUACACGUCGGAUGAUGUGAAACCACAAGAUGAAAUAUUGAACAGGUUGUUGUUGAAUUCAUCUAUUGCAGCGUUGGGGAAACGAAACAGCAGAAUUCUACCUGAUGAAGCUGUUCAAACAGGCUGCGAGGGAGAGGAUUUGGCCGAAAUACAGAGUUUAAGUAAUGGUUACUAUUCGGGAAAUGUUAGUCAAGCUAGCUUGGAAAACGUCAAAACUCGAGGGAAUUUGGAGAAAGAAGGACUGGAGACGAACCAAGAAAUACCACAUGACGAAGAAUGUUGUAGUGCGGUCAAUGAAACAGAUCAAUUGUACUUUGAUUCUGAGUUGGAGUAUGAAUACGAAGAAAUUACUAUCAGAACGUGUGGAAACAAAUCACUUGGAAUGAAACUGUACUCUGGUAAUGGUGAGGAUGUCAGUUCGGUAUUUGUUGACGAGGUGGAUUCUCGGUCUAUUAUUGGUAAAGACGGUCGCUUGAUUGAAGGAGAUCAAAUAUUGAAGAUUAACGAUUUUGCUGUAACGUGCUUGGAUGAUGCUGUUGGUUUGCUGAAUCGAAGACACAGAGAAAUAAAGUUUCUUGUUGCAAGGCCUGUUGCAGAGUUACAGGCAACUCUCCUCGGAGCCGAGAGUGAUCACGACCCCGAAGCUUUUCAUCAUCAAUCUCGAUUGCAUCUCGAAGCCUUUCCGAUUGGUGUCAUACACGAAGAAGAUGAAGAGGAAGCUGAAGCAUUGAUUGGCAAAAAAUCUCGAGAGGAUGAGAAAGAUAGUGGAUUUGCACGCACCGAUGAUAGCACGAAAAAUGAUUCUGGAAAUGAUGGAGGAGAUGAUCGACCUUUGAGGGAUGAAAAGGAGCAACACAAAGCACAGAUGGAUGCGUUAGGAAAGCAGAUUAUUCAUUUUACCGCGUGUGCUAGUAACGCACGAGAGUUGGGCUUGCGGGAUAGUCCACGCGAGAGGAGCUCCGACGAACACUCACAACGUUCUGGUGAACGAGAGAAACAUUCAAAGCAUAGCUCGCGAAAACCAGCAAGUAAAACAUCCUCGGACGAAAAUUCUGCUCAAGAACAUAAAUCAAAAACUCACAGCAAAUCGCAUCGAUCUAAAAAUAGUGAAAACAGUCCAGUAUCGCGAAGUAAAGAGAGAUCAGAGUGUAAGGAUAGAAGUGAAAAUCGAAAAAAGAAAGACAAAGCAAACGGAGAUUCUAGCAGAUCUAAGAGGGAUACUUGUGAAUCCAGUAGAUCAAAGAGGGAUAAUCGUGAGUCGAAAGGAAAUGGUAAUCAUUCGUCGAGUGACACAAAAGUUGAAUGGCGAGUGAGAAGAAACAAAGAUGGAAGUCGAAUUUUCAUAAGUAAGAAACUGAAACCCGCCAAACAGAGAUUGUUACGCGAGCGUGCGCAGAAAUUAGCCGAAGAAAGACGAGGAUUGACGACAGAUGAUGAAACUCAGUCUGUGUAUCUUGGAAGAUAUUGGAGUCGAGAGGAUCGUCGAAGACAGCUUGACAAAGUUCGCGAAGCUAGAAGAACGAAAAAAAUAGAAGUUGAAGCUGAAAGGAAAGCAUCGCAACAAGGGACAAUUAAAAGAAAUGAUUUCGAAAUAAUUCAACUUACGCAUAAAAAAAUGUCUUGUAACGAACAAACAUUUGAUGAUUUUAUGACAGUUGAAGAGGUUUUGAGACAAAGGAACAGGUUGGGUAUGACUAAUGGUCCAGUGUUUGUGACCACGGUGUAAAACAAUAUGUGUUUCGUUAUGAUAUUCAAUUUUAAAAAAAUGAAUCGUUCAAAAAAAUUAUAGAUAGACUGAUAAUGAUGUAUAUAAUAGUUAUACGAAUUAAUUAACAUAUAUUAUAAAUACGUGAAAUAUUUAGCCAUAUCGUGAGUCAAUCAAUAUUGUAAACAUUCUGUAAAUAUGUUGUUCAAAUCGCAAGAUUGUUGUUUAAAACGUUUUCGGUUGAUUAAAAAUUUAGUUUUGAAGGUUUCAUAUAAGCAUAGUAUCUUGCUUUGUUAGUUCGACCAAAGCUGGCUUAAAUCAAGACCCUAUGUAAUCAUGGGGAACCUUCUUUGCCGAAUAAAAAUGAAAAAAUUUA